UCCAUUACUUUGCCAAACGUUGUUCUCUUCCUCUGUUUGGGGGGGAGGGGGGUUCCAUCUCGUCUCACUGGAAUGGCCAGUCGCCGUAUUCCGUGACCUACCGCCAAUGUUCUUUUGGGUUCCUUGGGUCUUUGCUAAAAGCAGGUGUUCACCUGCAAUGUUUAUGCAAGUGCUAACUACCCAAGCGUCAUCCCCACUAACCCCGGCCCGGCCUCAUUCGUCCACCGUUACAAUUUGGAUAUUCCUAAUGCAUGCAGAGGGGGAGCCGUACAGGCUCAUGGGGUCAAUCCCAGCAGUCGUGGCAAGCUCUGGCUAGUCGGCUGCUGGAUCGAUAUGGAUUAAGCCCACACAUGUUGCUUUGCCAGUAGUCUGACAUACAUGCGCUUGCUCCUCUUCUACAUGCCUUCCCAACCCUCUUGCGAGCGCUUGAUACCGGCCAUCAAACCCGCUCUCACUUUACGCUAUCCGGCCUGGGCUUAACGGCACAUGCGCCGCUUACUUGACUCGCCGAUGCGGAAACCUUUACCUCCCAGCAUCUGACGAGCGAGCGGUCACGGCUCCCACGAAACCCAAAUUCGACUUCGUCCCGGGGCAACAACUUCACCCCUGUCCGGCUCCAAAGCGGCAAGGAGGGGGUACCGGACAGCAUAUGAGGAAGUUGCAGGUGUUUUUCCCAUUUGACAAAAAUCGCCAACCACUCACUAUCCGAAGUCCAGGAAGCGCUGUACACGUCAGAUGUGAGCAACCAGUAUCUGGGUUCGUACCGCCAGCAUAGAGAAUUGCAUCUGAGGUUUGACAGGGUGGUGGCGUGCGUUCGUUCUCUGACCGACCAUCAAAUCGAAACCUGCAGCUCUGAAUCGCGGUUGCAGCUGCUUCCCGCCGCCUGUCGAGCGGCCACUUUCGGAGCCGCUGCAUCAUUACUGCAUAGGAGACUGUGCCGAGUACUGGUGGCCUGCCUUCUCUCUCUCCCUCCCUCUCACUCUUCAUUUUCUGACCGGCAAUUCUACUUCCACUGGUUACAGCCGGAUGCCUCGACAGCAUUUUAAGCCUCCAACAGCUUUUUUCAACCGCCAUUCAAGAACACUGUCAGAAUCCUACGUUGAUCACGAAGGCACAUCGUCAACUUACGGCCUGACAGAGCGGCACAACAAUAACCCUUCGUUGGCUCAAUCUACUUCUGAGACAAUGGAACCGUGAGGUUAACAUCGCCGUUUCGGCCUCAUGAGUCAGUACGUCCGUCAGAAUGGAACAGAGUCUACAAAAGACCGACUACCGCCUGCUCCAGGGCUGUUGUCUGGAGGCUGAUCGCGCCGACAUUGUGUCGGUAAGCCUGGAAGGGCUUCGAAUGACCCUUCCCGAGUUCUAUGGAGGCCCCAUCAAUUUUAUGGUUGGAGAAAUGCGGAAAUGCGCGAGGUUACUCAGGGGCCUAUUCGACCUAUCGCAAAUUUACGCCAACCGAGUGCCCAUCUUGCUCAGCUACCUUCAAAUUGUUCUCCCAUGCCUGUGUAAGACGCUUCGCGACAUCAGCAGCUUCUACAAUGACCGAGCCGUGAGCAAGGACAUACGGUGGCGGAGGAUGUAUCACAAGAUGUCCCAGGAGGCUGGGGGUCUUCCGCUACCACAGCGGUUCACGCUUUACAAUCAAUUCUUGGACUGUUUGAGACAGCUCUUGAUUAUGUCGCCCCAUUUUGAUCUCAACGGUUUGGAAGUGUUACGAACGAGGAUCAUCGAGCUGCGAGAAGCAAGAGGACUGCCCUCACCCGCCCAUGCUGGACCUGUUCUCCGGCCAGAGACUUUGUUGUUGCCGAUGAUCCAAGAUCCCACGGUGCACUGGGCCGAACAGAUAUUUUCUCUGCCGUUGCCAUCUCGUACAGCCCUGAAGCACAGCAAGACAUCGAGGGCCUAUGGACCUUUCCAGGCUUGGGGUCAAUUCAACUUCCCCAAAGAAACCAAAAUGCUCUUUAGAAGGCCGUUUGACGAAGACCGUCUCGCGCUGAUGACACUCCUCAACCUGGUUAACCACACAUCGCAUAUCUUCCUCAGAACAUACCACCUGGGAGUUCCUUGGUUCUCCUUCCAUGGAACCCACGAACUCGUCAUCGGACGCGAAGACAGCUACCUGCAGCUCAAACGCUGGAGUGUUUCCGAGAGGGCGCCAAAAAUUUGGGCGUCUCUUUCUUUCAAGACAUGGGAGGAGCUGACCUUGUUCCACUGCACCUUUGUCUCUCUGAAAGCACGAAAUACUAUGACCAUCGACAUGAACGCCAGGGAGUUUAGACUUUCUGGUGAAAGGAAGACCUUCCAAGCACAAAUCAUUGACGACGGUUACCAACACUCUCUCGCGGUCUAUCAAGACAUCGCGACACAAAGCUUCCGCCUCCAUGCUAUGGUCAGAGAUGGCGUACUGCGUCAAUGUCCCGUCUGGACUGCCUUCGUCACCCACCAAUCCGCCUCCCCAACUUGGCUUCAACGCAAAAGCCGCAACCGUGUCUGGCUCAAAGACAUCCAUCUGUACGUUUUCUGCCAGGAGUACCGGCAGCAAAACCAGCGAAAAGGUGAAGCCGGCGCCUUUGAGAUCAACUUUGUUUCGGAGUCCGGCGCGGCGCUCUUCCCCGAAGCCUUCUUGUCCGCGGCCUCGGGGCCGUCCACCGGUUCGCCCCAGGCCAUCGAAGAUGUCAAGUAGUGCGCGUACCAACCCAACCCUUACCAUCUCGGUUCAGGCAUAUCGUUACCUUGACUCCGGCUCCGACCCGAUUUCGCCGAUUUUCACACCCAAUACCGGUCGUCUGAAGCGCCACGCUGUGGUCCAGAUGUGGAUGUGCCGGGAUCAGCCCACCUCAGUCUUGCACGCCACCUACUCACCGACUCCAUGUCCCCUACCUUAAGAGCCAGGACUUCGUAAUGAAACCCCCACACACUAGCAACGGGCAUCUUCUUCGCGGUUCCACGCCCGCGUUUUUCUCACCACAGCAUCAUGACAACAGCCCGUCCUGGCUGGCUAUUCCUAAGGACGUUAUCCACAAGAGGAAGUAGUGCAUGAAGAGCGAUCGAGAAUCGUAGCAAGAUACACGACGGGAUUGGACUCGAACUGCAGCGACGGUUUGAAGCAUUUUGCCAGCUUGUGCUUUUUCCUUCCUUCUUCUUUUUCUUCCUUCUUCUUUUUCUUUUUUUCAUGUUCGAAUACUUGUAUGGUCUUUCACCCUCCUCUGCACCCUUACGAAUUACGAAGCAAUGACGACAUUCAUGAGAGAAGUUGGGAAAGGCCUUGGUUCAGAGUGGAGAGCGAGAAAUCUCAAGAUUCCAUGGGUAGCUCCAAUGCGGCCGGCGGGCUACGGCUCUCGGUAACUUGAACGUUACCGCCAGCAGCACAUGAAGCAGCAAGCGAUGAAGGAGGCUUUGUUGUGUGAUUAGGUGAAUUGAUU